AGUGAGAGAUGCGGAGAGGAAAGAGAUUGAGAGGCCCCGCAACUCCGUCUCCAAUCCAUUCCAAUCCCCAGAUCAGAAACUUUGUUCAUCUUAUCCAUCUCGUCGGCGGCGAGAAGCAUGUCGGACUACGUCCUCUCCUCCACCCAGAUCCAGGCGCUGAGGCCUCGGUCCCUCCGCGGCGCGCUCUGCGUCACCCUCGCUCUGCUCGUCAGCUUCUCCAGGAGCCUGCUCGCCGCCGUCAGGACCUACCUGCGCAUCCCGGUGGACGGGGCCGAUCAGGCGGCCAUUUCGCCCCGCCGCGUUCCGAGCCCCGUGGAGCUCGACCCCGCGCAGGUGGCGGCGCUCACGGCCGCCCUUCGCCUCGCCAUCGUCGGCGGGGCCCUCUCGAUCCCCUCUCUCGCGCAGCGCCGGGCCGACGCGUCCGACUCCGACUCCAGCGACGACGACGACGAGGAGCGCGGCUGCGCUGAUGACCAACACCUCUGGUAUCCACUCAUCGAGUCGCUGGGAGGAGGGGAUGCCGGUCUGUUCCUCUCCGGCUCGGCUGCGUCUCUGGCUGAGCUGACUGGUGCGCCGGGAUUGUACAGACUGUCUGAUGUAAAUGGGAACCCAUUGAUCCUCACAGCAAGGGCAGAAAGCUUUGCAGGUCCUCGUGAGUUGACCGAUGAAACAACAAGGACUUGGGUCAUGAUGCUCAAAAUUACUACCAAACUUGUUUGUUUAAGUAAGCGGCAAUUACAUGAGCAGAAUCAGGAAUCGGCUGAAGAACGCUUUGCAGAGGUAGCCAAGCAAUCUUUAGAGCUGAUCCUCAAGGCUGCAUGUUCAUUCGGUGAUGCAGAAUGGUCUGAUGUCCACAUUUCGCAACAGCUGACUAUUUUUGACACACUUGUUGAUGUCCUAUUCAAUAUACAAGACCUGCCUUUCAGUGGAUCUGGUGAGGUUGCUGGCAUUAUUAAUAAGAUGGUGGAUGCUUUCAAAGGUGUAAUGCAGAGCACUUCAAAUGACAUCCGUAGCAGCAAAGAAUCUGUUAUUCAUCCAGCAACUUUUAUUCUCAUACAAGUCCUGGAGUUUUUUGGUCGUAACAGAGAGAUGGUCCAGUCAAUACUUGAAUCUGGAGAUUACAACACUGGCCCAUGCUCUGACAUGUUUGAUUGUUUGGUAUCUAAGCUCAAGGAAUGUGCAGAAGUAAUUUUCCAAGAAAAGGGACAAAGGUGCAUAUUCUUCUUGAAUAACACAAAUUAUGUUUUGCAAAAGAAUUGCCACUCAGGAUUACUCCCUCCCAGUGUAGCGAGUAAUCUAGUAUCACUGAUGGACCAGAACAUCGUGAGCUACCUUGAGGAAUAUUGGUUUCCGCUUGUGAGAUAUUUGGAUGGUGAUUCUCUGAAGAAGCCACGCGGUUCUUCCUUGGAUAAAUUUACCAAAGAGUUCUUUACCAUCUGUGACAGCCAGAUGACUUGGAAAGUUCAAACUAGUCUCAAGGAAAGACUGCGUGAACGGAUAGUGGAUUUGAUUGUUCCAAAAUAUGUAAUCUUCUUGAAGGCUCUGCAGGGAACUCCAAGUUCUUGGUUGAAGAGGGUGUGCCGAGCCAGAUCUGAGAAGCCGAUCUAUCCUGCUCCACAACUGGAAGAGGUGAUCAGGGGACUCUUUGAAAGAUAGCAUCUAUAGGGCACGAAACUCGUACAGGGUCGGUGUAUUUAUCAUAUUUUAGCAUUUGGAGACCAUUUUGUGUGUUGGUAUUUUCAGGUGAUGGUCCUGCUUGUUGUAUUAGCAGGAUUCAGCCUACGAUUGGUCUGGUGUAUAGCUAUUCAUUACGUGUAUGUAGUGCUAUAUAUAGAGGAAGUUUCUCUGAGAAACCCACGGAAUUGUUCUGUUCCAUGUAUAGUCGUAACUAGAAAUAUAUG